UCUCCGGAAGAUUUAAGCAUUGCUGAAUCCCGUGUGGGCACACCAGCCUCCGAGGCCAGGACCAUCCUGCGGAUGGCUGAGAGUCCUCUGGGGCCUGGCGACUCCGAAAAGAUUUCGUCACCAGAAGGUUUUUGGGGACAUUACCACACCACUUGUUUUCGUGGCUGCCUGCAGGUGACGAUGGCCGUGUGAGCAUCCGCCAUGGCCAACCGGAAGCGUCAGAGCACAGCGAGCAGCAUGCUGGACCACAGGGUGAGGCCAGGCCCCAUCCCCCAUGGCCAGGAGCCCGAGAGUGAGGACGCAGAGCUGCCCCUGGAGGAGUACGUGCCCAAGGGCCUGGAGCUGGCCACCCUGCGGCCUGAGAGCCCCACGCCCCCGGACCAGGGCUGCCACGACCACAGCCCUGAUGGGGACUCCAGCUCUGACUACGUGAACAACACCUCCGAGGAGGAGGAUUACGAUGAGGGGCUCCCCGAGGAGGAGGAGGGCAUCACCUACUACAUCCGCUACUGCCCCGAGGACGACAGCUACCUGGAGGGCAUGGACUGCAACGGGGAGGGGUACCUGGCGCAUGGCACGCGCCACCUGGAGACGGACGAGUGCCAGGAGGCGGUGGAGGAGUGGACAGACUCGGCAGCCCCCCACCCGCGCGGCCACGGGGACGAAGGCAGCCCCGACUACCGGGACGGCCACCUCCCCCUCCCGGAGGACGAGACCUCUGUCCUGGAGGCCCAGGACCAGGAAGAAGGUGUCCACUACUGCCCCAAUGAAGAGGGCUACCAGGACUACUACCCCACGGAGGCCAAUGGGAACACGGGCAGCCCCUCACCCUAUCGUCCGAGGCGUGGGGACGGGGACCUGGAGGACCAGGAGGAGGACAUCGACCAGAUCGUGGCCGAGAUCAAGAUGAGCCUGAGCAUGACCAGCAUCACCAGUGCUGGAGAGGCCAGCCCUGAACAUACACUGGUGCGGGGGCCCGAGCCAGGGCCCGGGGACUCCACGGAGGCCUGCCCGCCUGGCGAGGCCAGCCACGGCCCUAGCAGACACGAGGGAAGGCCCAAGUCACUGAACCUCCCUCCUGAGGCCAAGCACUCUGGAGACCCCCAGAGAGGCUUCAAGACCAAGUCCAGGACUCCAGAGGAGAGGCCGAAGUGGCCCCAAGAGCAGGUUUGCAAUGGCUUGGAGCAGCCAAGGAAGCAGCAGCGUUCUGAUCUCAAUGGACCUGUGGACAAUAACAACAUCCCAGAGACAAAGAAGGUGGCAUCAUUUCCAAGUUUUGUGGCUGUUCCAGGGCCCUGUGAACCAGAAGACCUCAUUGAUGGGAUCAUCUUUGCUGCCAACUACCUGGGGUCCACCCAGCUGCUCUCAGAACGUAACCCUUCCAAAAACAUCAGAAUGAUGCAGGCGCAGGAGGCCGUCAGCCGGGUCAAGAGGAUGCAAAAGGCUGCUAAAAUCAAGAAAAAAGCGAAUUCGGAGGGGGAUGCCCAGACUCUGACCGAAGUGGAUCUCUUCAUCUCCACCCAGAGGAUCAAGGUGUUAAAUGCGGACACACAGGAGACCAUGAUGGACCACGCCUUGCGCACCAUCUCCUACAUCGCGGACAUUGGGAACAUUGUGGUGCUGAUGGCCAGGCGCCGCAUGCCCCGGUCAGCCUCUCAGGACUGCAUCGAGACCACCCCUGGAGCCCAAGAGGGGAAGAAGCAGUACAAGAUGAUCUGCCACGUGUUCGAGUCCGAGGACGCCCAGCUGAUCGCACAGUCCAUUGGCCAGGCCUUCAGCGUGGCCUACCAGGAGUUCCUGCGGGCCAACGGCAUCAACCCCGAAGAUCUGAGCCAGAAAGAGUACAGUGACAUCAUCAACACCCAGGAGAUGUACAACGAUGACCUCAUCCACUUCUCCAACUCUGAGAACUGCAAGGAGCUGCAGCUGGAGAAGCACAAGGGCGAGAUCCUCGGCGUGGUGGUGGUGGAGUCAGGCUGGGGCUCCAUCCUGCCCACAGUCAUCCUGGCCAACAUGAUGAACGGCGGCCCGGCGGCCCGCUCGGGAAAGCUGAGCAUCGGGGACCAGAUCAUGUCCAUCAACGGCACCAGCCUGGUGGGGCUGCCCCUUGCCACCUGCCAGGGCAUCAUCAAGGGUCUGAAGAACCAGACGCAGGUGAGGCUGAACAUCGUCAGCUGUCCGCCGGUCACCACGGUCCUCAUCAAGCGGCCUGACCUCAAGUACCAGCUGGGCUUCAGCGUGCAGAACGGGAUCAUCUGCAGCCUCAUGCGAGGGGGCAUCGCAGAGCGAGGAGGCGUCCGAGUUGGCCAUCGCAUCAUUGAGAUCAACGGGCAGAGUGUGGUGGCCACGGCGCAUGAGAAGAUAGUCCAGGCUCUUUCUAACUCGGUCGGAGAGAUCCACAUGAAAACCAUGCCGGCUGCCAUGUUCAGGCUCCUGACGGGCCAGGAGACCCCGCUGUACAUCUAGGCCCCCAGCCUGCACCGCCCAGCCGUCUGGGUUCAGCGGAGCUGGAAAGGCUGGACCCAGGACCUGACCCCGACCCCACAGCCUACCCAAGGACACUGGCUCCUCUGAAGGGUGUGCCCUCAUGACCCAACUUUCGGUGUUUUUUUUUGUUUUUGGACAAAAGGGGUAUGUCUUCAUCAAAGGAGAGUCACAGGAAGCGAUCUCUGUAAAACAGUCACGUGUUUUGCCCAUCCUGACCCGUGUUCUCGUUGUGGCGGCAAAGGGUGUUUCUUUGUACCCGUGUGUGGUGUGGAGUGUGUCUUUCCUCCCUGAAGCCGUGGAGAGCGGACGUGAAGGGAGCCCUGCGAGGACAGCAAGCUCGGGCGGGGGGACAGCGGCCGUCCCCUCCUGCCCCCUCCUUCCCCUGGGGGGGGGCUGGGUGCUUCAGGGGAGGGCGCCCUGACAGCCGCAAGGGGGCCGGUGGCGCUGCUGCAGCCCGGAUCCCGGGGUGGGAUUUGUAAGUGAAGUCCGGGAACCUGUGAUUGUAUUUAACCAGAAGGGAGACGCUCCUGAGUUAAAUAAAAGAUGAUGGCUACAACAGCGAAACUCCAUAUUUAUUUAGACAAUAUCACGGUUUUGACUUUUACUUUGACAAGCCGUUCUUGAGACUUCAGGGUUUUCAGAUGGCCCACCAGCACACCUGCUGCUCCUGUCCUCACCCGAGGCUCCGAGGCUCCAUGGACUUGUGUGGGCACCCUUCCUGCUGGCCGCCUCUCCCCCGACAAGCCCCCCAUGGGGUGGGGCCCGCCGGCUCCUCCUCCCAGGGACAAGGGACGCAGCGGCAGCCUUCUGUUUCCAAUCUCUGUCUACACACACACAUCCACACAC